AUGGUCAAAAAAAGAUCUCGGUCCUACGUGGGCCGCUUCGGCACCAACACCUUCGGUUCGCGCGGUGGCAGCAAUGCCAACCAGGAUGUGCUUAUGCCCGGCCAGCUGUUGGCCCUGCCGCCUGACUUGCCGCUCCCUGACUCGGCCAAGGCCACCCUGCAAGACGUGCGUGACAUGGUGUUUGCGCACGUCGAGUACAAGAGCGGUGUCGUGUCCGGCAACACACCACGCAAGCGGGAGCGUGUCAAGUUCGACGACCUGACCGAGUACGACGUCACAGAGGUCGAGGAGCGCGCGCUGUGGGACUACGAGGCCAAACGGCUGCACGGCGUGGUCCAGAACAUGGGCAUGGGCGGCCAGAACCAGCGCCUGAAGUUUGAGGCGGAGACGCUGUUCCCGGAGGCCGACACAGUGACGGCCUACCGGCGUCUGGCGCACGUGGCCGACCAGGUGCUGUUCAACAUGCACAUCUGCCGGCACGACAACUCGAUUCUGCUGCAGCAAAAUGCCGAGCAGUUCACGACUCACUGGGAGUACCGCAACAGCCAAAAGAUUCUCGAGGACCGUCUGGAGCGCAUCAACAAACAAAAGGAGCGCGGGCAGCGGCGACGGAACGGCGAGAAGAUGGAGGGCGAGGACGAGAGCGACAGCGACGACAGCGACGGCAGCGAGGGCGACGAAGAGAACGAAGAGGAUGCCAGGCCGGCCGCACAGACCGGCGGACCAGACGCGGAAAAGGCCACGGGCGGAAUUGCCGUGGGCACGCGCGAAUUCAUGGUGCGCUACUGCGCAUUUGUUGAUUAUCUGACGGCGACGGCGGCACGCCUGGCUAUCUCGGCGGCCGACCACGCCGCGUGGCAGAGCCGUGCACUGUCUGGCCUGGCGAAAUACUCGGCGAAGCUCAAGAUCCUGGCACGCGACGCGCAGGAGUACGCGGAGCGUUCGCUCGAGUACGGGCGCAACUACUCGGCCGAGAAAAAGGUGCUGCAGGCUCUGGGCGCGACGCGCGUGGACUUGGAGCAGCCCGACGACGACGACGACGACGCGCCGUACAUUAUUGGCGGUCUGAAUGGUAAUGGGCAGAACAAUGGCCAGGGCCAAGACCGCAACACGGGCGGUGGUCCGUUUGGCAUGGGCGGCCACCCGCGCUGGGGCGGCGGGUUCCACAUGGAUCCGAUCUAUGAGCCUCGGCGGCAGCGCGAGCUGGAGGCGUUCCUCGAGACCAGCAAGCGCGGCGGCGACAGCUACUUUGCAGACCUGUCGCGCAUCGAGAACUGGACGUCGUCGACGCUGUUGACGAUGCUGCAGGAACUCAAGGGCUCGUCGUCGGUGUCGGCCAAGAUGGCCAUGGGCGCCAGCUUUGCGGAGGAUGCGCUGGACAUUUGCUCUGUGGUCUACCGCGGUGGCACGAUGGAGACGCCCUUGUCGGCCUUUGUGCACCAGGACCGCGGCGGCGACCUGUCCGGAUCGAGUCGCCCCCUCUUUGUCAAGCACAGCUACCAGGGCUUCAAGCUGUUCCGGGACGCCGUGGAGGAGUUGCGCGAGAGGAACAAGCGAGCCGCUCUAGCAGCCGGUGGCGACCCGGACGACGACACCAAUGAGAAGGACAAGGGCAAGCGCAAGGGCAGCGGUUCGUCCAGUGAGUCGUCUCGCCGCGCUUUCGUGCCGGCGGGCGCACCGGACGCGGGCGCACCGGAUGCGGGCGCUGGCCCUGCGUUGCCUACGGGCGAGCGGCCAUCGGGCACGCGCGUCACGGCGCAUCUUCAGGUCCUUGACGGCGACGGCGACCCGGACAUCAAGGCCACGACGCGGCCGGUCGAGAUGCCGCUCACGACGCUCGGCCAGAUCAUUGCCGUCAUGGUGCCGCUCAUGUGCACGCAGCCGACCGUCAUCAACGAGCUGCAGACGGCGCUUCAGGGCCUCGGCGAGAUGCUGCCCAUUGAUGUCGACGAGGACUUCCGCCCCCGGGCGCCCGAGUACACGGCUGUGGCGGCCCUGCGCACGCUGACGUACGACCAGCAGAGCAGCUCGAGUCUUCCGGGCGCGGAUUUCCGGUCGCUGUCGCGGUCGCUCGUGGCGCAGACGCACCGGCACGCGGCGAUGCUGGGCGGCUGGGGCGGCGGGUUCGGCGAGGGCAGCAGCAGCAGCAGCAGCAGCGGCGGCGGCGGCGGCGGCGGGUUCGGCGAUGGCAGCAACAAGCGAACGGGCACAAACGCCUGGGAUGCGGCUUCGGCGGAGCAGCGGCAGCAGCGGGUGCGCGAGGCGCGACGGCGCCAGGAGCGGCUGGCGAAAGAGAGCUCCGAGUGGGUGGUGGAGGAGCGCACGGUGCGGGUGCGCUGCACGACGUACGUGUACAGCGUGCUGGCGAUCUGUGCGGUGCUGGUGGUGGGCGGUCUGAUGAUUGGGGUGUUCCUGGGGCGCGCGGAGGAGAACAGCAUCGCGCUCCAAAACGUGGACCCGUUCGGCAUCACGACGUACAUGUGGGUGGUGGCCGGGUUCAUCAUGCUGAUUGCCAAGAGCAUCCGCGUCAACGAGUGGCCGUGGCGCGACUUUUUACUGCAGCGCGUGACCUGCCACAGCCUGAGCGAGCUGCAGGCGGUCACGGGCAUUGACGCGCAGGCGCUGCUGGUGCAUCUGCUGACGACCGAGUCGGAGAACGUGCUCGUGGCGGCCGGGCCCUACAACAAGGUGUUUGCGCGGCGCGGCGCGGCCGGCGAAGGCUUCAAGGUCGACAUUAAGCCGGAGAUCCGCACGCUGUUGGCGGCCGGCCUCGUGUUUGUCAAGGUAUCGACGCACCACGAGGGCACGGCGCUGGUCUGUCUGGACCUGCGGUCGGGCGGGGGCGGCAGCAGCGGCAGCAGCACGGGGAUCGGCAGCAUUGGCAGUGCGGGCUUCGGUGACGGGCGCACGGCGGUGCGGCACCAGGACAUGUCGCGGGACAGCGACAUUAUGUGUCGGUACCUGCCGCGAUCUGGCGACCGGGUGCAGGACCUGGAGAUUAGCUCGCGGAACGCAUUUGUGCGGUGGCGCAAGGUGCUGGGCGUGUACCACUCGCACGGGCGGAAGAUUCGGUAG